UCUCUCUCUCUCUCUCUAUAGAUACAUAUAUCUCUUCUCUGUAAACACCAUGUCAAACCCUCCUCUGAAAUCUGUGACUCUGACCCACGUCCGCUACCAGAAGGGUGACCAAUUAGGUCAUUUCUUGGCAUGGGUUUCUUUAGUCCCCGUAUUCAUCAGUCUUGGUGGGUUUGUCUCUCACUUCAUUUUUCGCCGAGAGCUCCAAGGGAUAUUCUUCGCUCUCGGCCUCGUCAUUUCCCAAUUCAUCAACGAAUUCAUCAAAACCUCGGUCAAACAAGCACGCCCAGAAACUUGUGUACUACUUGAAAUAUGCGAUUCACACGGGUGGCCUUCCAGCCAUUCUCAAUACAUGUUCUUUUUCGCCAUAUAUUUAACCCUUGUGACCUACAAGAAAUAUGGGAAAAUCUUUAGAAAGCAAAUGUGGGUCGUGGGUCUUGUGAUUUGGCCUUUGGCAAUCCUGACUAUGUACUCUAGGGUUUAUUUAGGGUACCACACUCUCGCACAAGUCUUUGCUGGGGCUUCCCUUGGGGUUUUUCUUGGGGCUGGGUGGUUUUGGUUGGUCAAUUCUUUGCUCAGUAGCUAUUUUCCGGCAAUCGAAGAGAGCGCAUUUGGGAGGUGGUUUUACGUUAAGGAUACUUCACACAUACCGAGCGUGUUGAAAUUUGAGUAUGAGAAUGCGAGAGCUGCAAGGAAACAUGUGUCUUACAAGCGGGCCGAUUGAUGGAAAGAUCAAUUGGGUAAGUGGGUUUUCAAUAUUUCACCUGUCUGAAUAAUGUAUUUGUAGUUUGUGGCUGGUUAAUGACAUGUAGUGAUAGGAUUUGGGGUGAUGUUCCUCUUGAUUAUACUCUGGUAACUUGGGCAUAGAAGUAACUGGGUGUGCUACUUAGAUUGGGUGAUGUGCUUGUGCAAUCUUAGUAGGGUGUUGUGGAUAAGCAGACCCUCAUAUUUGUUGAUGAGAGGAAUUUUUAUGAACACUGUAAGUUGUAGUUCAGAGCGAAAUUUGAAAAUAAAUCGGUGUGCAUAUGGCUAUGAAUUUUGUUAAUAGGUGUGUUAUGAACAGUCAGGCUUGGCAGCAGAAAUAUUAUCCAUAGCAGGUUAGAUUUUGAGUCAGUAACCCAACAUGGUGGGGAGGACAAUUCAAUGAUGUUACAUUUGACACUAAAUGGGAUAAGAAGUUGCCUUAAUGUAAUGAAUUCAUGGAGGGUGCAUAGCUUGGUGUUAGGAAAUUUAAUUUUU